GGGAACGGUGUGGGCUGCUGCAACAUCCAGCAGCGGCUAGGUCACCCAGCACAGGCCUGCCCUGCAUGCCAAGCAGAUGACGCCCAGGGGCGCUGGCGGACUCGGGCUGGCGGCCUGAGAGCAGCCAGCAGAGGCAGGCUACGGGGGUGGCCAUUGGGGCGGGCAUGAGCUGCACGGCAGACAUGGCGGAUGCUGGGGUGCUGGUGGCUGAGGGCAAGCUGCGGCGCCUGAGCCCCUUCUUCGUGCCCAAAACUCUGGUCAACAUGGCAGCUGGGGCGGUCAGCAUCGCCCACGGGCUGCAGGGCCCCAACCACGCGGUGGCCACCGCCUGCGCCACGGGCGCGCACGCCAUCGGCGACGCCUUCAGCAUGAUCCGCCGGGGCGAUGCGGAUGUGAUGCUGGCUGGCGGCACCGAGUCGUGCGUGGAUGCCAUUGCGCUCGCCGGCUUUGGCCGCCUCAAGGCGCUGUCCACGCGAUACAACGGCGACCCCGCCGCCGCCUCGCGGCCCUUUGAUCGCCACCGGGAUGGUUUUGUGAUGGGGGAGGGGGCGGGGGUGGUGGUGCUGGAGGAGCUGCAGCAUGCGCUGGACCGUGGGGCGGCCAUCUAUGGCGAGGUGCGGGGUUACGGCCUGUCUGGGGACGCGCACCACAUCACGCAGCCGCCGCCAGACGGGAUCGGCGCCCAGCUGGCGAUGCGUGGCGCGCUGCGGCAGGCGGGCCUGCGCCCGCGCGACAUCUGCUACAUCAACGCCCACGCCACCUCCACGCCGCAGGGCGACGACAUCGAGCAGCGCGCCAUCGCGGCUGUGUUUGGGGAGGCAGCCACCUCGGCCUCGCCGCCCGGCGGCGGCCCUCCCCUGGCGGUGUCCUCCACCAAGGGCGCCACGGGGCACCUGCUGGGCGCGGCGGGGGCUGUGGAGGCCAUUUUCAGCCUGCUGGCGCUGCGGCACGGCGUGGCGCCGGCCACCGCCAACCUGGCAGACCCCGACCCGCCGCUGCUGGCCAACCUGGUGGCGGGGCAGCCCUGCGCCCUGGCCCCUGGGCCCAGGGCGGUGCUGUCCAACAGCUUUGGUUUCGGCGGGACGAAUGCGGCGCUGGUGUUUUGCACGGCUCCGGGGCGGGAGGGGUAGACGGCGGCGUGGGGCGCCGCCAAGGCUGGGGCUGGGGCUUGUUCAUGAGCUGCCGGUGUAAUACCCACCAAUGUU